UGGGCUCUUUAACUAACUUUUCCUUCCUCCUCCGCGGUUUCGCGGCGAGCCUGGUGGUGUGUUGGCUGCGCUGCGUUUUGGUGUUUCUCUCUGUAACGGCGCCAGCAGCAGCAGGUGCUGUCAGCAUGUCUUUAGCGGAUCAGCAGUGGAGUCCCACAAGCGUCCAGGUAACGGUGCUCCAAGCCAGAGGCCUCAGGAUAAAGGGGAAAAGCGGCACCAAUGACGCGUACGCGGUUAUGCAAGUGGGCAAGGAGAAGUACCAGACGUCGGUGGUGGAGAAAAGCGUGGCUCCGGCGUGGAAAGAGGAAGCCUCCUUUGACCUGCCACCGCUGCUGCUUCAGGGGGGAGGAGGUGGCGGGAAGGACCGCAGCACGCUGCACGUCCAGGUCCUGCACCGCGCUCUGGUGGGACCUGACAAGCUGCUGGGUCAGGCUGUCAUCAACCUGCUGCAGCUCAGUGAGGACAAAACCCGCAACAAGACAGAGUGGUUUAAAUUGCUGGAUAAAACCGGUAAGCCGGACAAAGACCGUGGAGAGGUCCUUCUGGACGUCCAGUUUAUGAGAAACAACAUGACCGCCAGCAUGUUCGACCUCUCCGCUGCAGGGAAGUCCCGCUCCCGGCUGGGAAAGCUUAAGGAUAAAGUCCGUGGAAAGAAAAAGGAGCAAGACUCCUCAUCAGGUGUGGUGCCUUCGCCCACUCAGGUUCUGACAGACAGCGAAGAAGAGGACGCUAGUGGAGGUGGAGAGGGAGGAAAAUCGAAGCAAAACAAAAGGAUGUCUUUGUUUUCUCCUAAAUCCAACCUGCAGAAGAAUUUGUCUCAGUCCAUGUCCGUCCUGCCUGCGAAGAACUCCUCGCUGAGCGGGAGCCAAUCAUCUGGGCUAAACGUGGACCCCUCUGAGGGCAAAAAGAAGUUCAAGUUCAAGAUACACAAGCACUCCAGCAGCUCUGACAGCAAAGAUUCAUCCUCUGCCCAACAAAAACAGGAGCAAAGUAAUUUGUGCAUCAACGGCAGCCAUGUUUACUGCGAGGAGCCGCCGCCUCGGACGUCUCGCGCCGGAUCCAGCUUCAGCCUGUCAAGUUCAGGACGCGGAUCAAUGGAGGAUGUCCCGGAAAACCCGUCUCCAUCUGUGGAUUCACUUAAAGCAGUGAGGGAGUAUUCACCCUGGAUGGAAGAAGAUGAGGAAGAGAAAGAGGAAGAAGAUGAAAAUAUUAACGAUUUAAGAAAAGAGGAAGAAGAAAAGGCCAAGUUGGAAAAGGAUAUGAGGGAAGAGGAAGAGGAGGCCGUCAGAAAACAACAAAAGGAGCUGGAGAGGUUGGCUGAAGAAAAGUUUAGACGAGAAGAGGAGGAAAAGGUCAGGAAAGAGGAGGAAGAGCGACAAAAACUGGCAGAAGAAAAAAGGAGAGUAGAGGAAGAAGAAAGAAUCAAGGAAGAGGAAAGGGCCCAAGAGAGGAGGAGGCAGGAAGAGGAGCAUAAAUUAGCUGAAGAAAAAAGGAGACUGAAGGAGGAAGAAGAAAGGAGGAUUGAAGAAGAGAAAGUCAGAAGGGAACAAGAGAGAGCUGAAGAGGAGAGAAGGAAAACGGAGCAAGAAAAGAAACGGAGGGAGGAAGAAGAGAUGCUUAGGAAGGAAAAGAUGAGAAUAGAGGAAGAAAAAGAGAAGGUUCGUCGAGAAAAGGAGGAAGCUAGGCUGAUGGAAGAAAAGAGAAGAGAGGAAGAAAGGAUUGAGGCUGAAGAGAAGUUCAGAAAAGAGGAAGAGGAAAGGAUUAAGGUGGAAGAAGAGAUGAGAAGGAAAGAACGUGAAGAAAAGUUAGCAAAGAGGAAAGAACUGGAGGAACAGGAAAGGAGAGCAAGAGAAGAGCAAGAAAAGAUGCAAAGGGAGGAAGAGGAGAGGAGGAAACAAGAGGAGAAGUUGGCUAAAGAAAAGCUGAGACAAGAAGAAGAGGAAAGAAGAAAGGCCAAAGAAGAGCGUGCAAGAAGGGAGGAGGAGGAUAGGAUUCAGAAAGAGAAAAUCAGAAGAGAGGAGGAAGAGAGGAAGAAAAAAGAGGAGGAAGAGGAGUGUAAAAGAAGGCAAGAAGAACUGGAGAAGCUGGCUAUAGAAAAGAUGAGAAAAGAGGAAGAGGAGAGAAGAAAGGCUGAAGAAGAGCAAGUGAAAAGAGAGGAAGAAGAACAGAUCCAGAAAGAGAAAAUAAGAAGAGAGGAAGAGGAGAAGGCUGAGAAACAAAGGUUGGAAGAUGAAAUGAGACAAGCAAAAAGAAAAGAAGAAGAGAGAAUGAAAGAAGAGCAAGCAAAAAUGCUAAAGGAGGAAAAAAGAAAAAGAGCAGAAGACGAGAGAAUAAAAGCGGAGAAACAAAGAGAAGAGGAACUGGAGAAAAUGAGGGUUGAAGAGGAGAGAAUAAGGAGGGAGGAGAGGAAUGAGAAGGAAAGAAGGGAAGAGGAAAUAAGGAAGCAGGAAAAGUUGGCAAAAGAAAAGAAGGAAAACAAAAUAAAAGAAGAAGAGAAAAGUGUUGGAACAAAAAUCAAAAUGGGAGUUCCUGUAGAAAUCAUUUCCACUAAUCCUUUUGAUGAAAACUUCGCUCCACCUGAGGAAACUCCCAAAUUGUCUAAAGCAAAAUCUGAUGAUCAAAGAUGUCAGUCAGCUGCGUCAUCAGUGGAAAGCGGGACAGCUUCCACCAGGGACAAGGAUCCAACUAACAUUCAGCGGGAAAAGAGAGCGGCUCCUAAGCCUCCGGGAAGGAAUCAGUUGGACAGACAGAAACAGAAGGAGGAGGAGACGUCGACACAACAUCUGCCACAAAUUAACAAGCAGAGUAAAGACAAAGAUGUCAAAACUGUCAGCGUUGCUCCCCAGCGCUCAGUGCAGAUGAUCGCUCCUCUAAACAGGUCUUCCAAAGAUUUGAGAAACACCCAGAGCACGACGGAACAUGAUUCUGCCCAAGAAGAAACAGGCAAACACAAUAAACGUCCUGCUCCAUCCAUACCGUGCACUGCUGAAGAUGAGCUUCACAGAGGCGUGGUGGAGAUUAAAGACGGAGCUGUUUGUGGUUUAAACCCGUUUGAAGAUGAUGAUGAGGAAAAUGAGCUCACGGUUCAUAAUGAUGCAACAACCUUUGUUACAACUAAUCCAGCAGUUUGGCCUCCUGUGAAAUCACAAGCUGCUGACAAAGAUUCUGCUAAAGUCAAAUCCUCAAAAAUAGCUCGAGCUCCCCUACCGCCUGAUCCCAAUGACACUCCUUCAAGCUCCAUUGUCAGUCGAAACCAUGGCGAAACUGAUGUUUUAGAUGACAUUGGAGAAACUGCUCCAAACAAGGCAUGCAACACACAAGAGGUCAAAAGUCACGUACAGGUCCAAGAGAAUCCAAACAAAGAGUCCAAGAAGACCAUGGCUGGUGCAAGAGAGGAGGGACCUCCUGCAGUUUCACGCAGACUUCAGCCUGUAAAACCCCUUAAUCCUCUGGAGCAGCAGUCUGACUCAGUUGGUAAAGUUGGAAAUGAUAAAGCCACAGAAUUAGACUGUAAUGGAGUUCAGGACAAAACAAACAUUGGCACAGGGAGAUCAGGGCCAUACUCCCAGCUAACUCGAGAGGAACUGAUCGCUCUGUUGUUGAAACAGGAGAGCCAGCUCUCCGAGAGAGAUAAAAAGAUAUCAGAGCUGGAGCAGUACAUUGACAACUUACUGGUGCGAGUCAUGGAAGAGAAUCCAAGUAUCCUCAUGUCCAUGAGCUCUUUAAAGAAGUCUGCCUAAGUGGAUUUAUAGCUGACACUCUGAAUCAGAACAGAUCCCUGUGCUCUGACUUUAUUCAUUUCACGACUACGUGAAAGACCUGGCUUCCAAAGAUGUUCAUCGCUGAAUGCUGGCUCUUUUGUAGUAGGAUAAACCUUAAGGUUAAUAUAUCAACAAGAAAAAUCAAAAAGAAAAGAUGAACUAUUACUGUGAUGACUGCAGCAGUUUCAAUUAAAUCUUUUUUAUAUAAGAAAAUUCUCUCUUUCAAUCAAGUGUAAAAGGAUAUUCAUAUAUGUCCAUUGCUUUCAUGUAGAGCGUAAAUUUCAAGCUUAGAAGACUUGCUAUACUGCCUGGUUAAAUCAAACAUUUUUCCCCUUGCCUGGUCAAAAAGAGCCUUAUAUGUUAUACUAUGUGCUGUAAUUAGAUUUUUUUUUUCUCCUUUUUUCUUUGCAUUCUGCAAACCAAGAGCACUUUAUCUUUGAAUGUUAAACACUGAAAAAUAUACACUGUCUGGAACUGGCUGAGGUGUUUUUGUAUAUUUGCAAAAUAAAAUUAAAAAUGUAUAAA